AUGGCUGAAACACCUGUCCAAAAGGGGCUUUCGAACAAGCUCGACAAGAAGCGCAAGAGACAAGCCGACGACUCUACGAAGCAGGACAAGCCCGAGACAGCACCUGCAGCUUCAGCCUCCGCAGACGGACCUAGCAAGAAGAAGCGCAAGCAGAAGAAGACCAAGAAGCAGCAGGCGGAGCAUGAUGCGAGAAUGCAGGAUCGCCAAGACGGCAUUGACCAGUCGAUUGGAAGGAUGGAUGGACGUUUGUUGGCUGAUUUCUUUGCUCAGCGAGCGAAGAAGGCGGAUAAGGAACUGUCGGCGGUGGAACUGAAUGAUAUGUCUGUUCCGGACUACGUUUUCCUCGACACAUCGUCAUUCACGGAGACCAGACACUUGGACAAGCUCCCAGACUUCCUCAAGGCGUUCAGCCCUAAGGGUGCGGAUUUGUCAAAGGCUUCGGAGCAGAAGGGUACCCCUCACACUUUGGUUAUCGCUGGCGCUGGACUUAGAGCUGCGGAUGUUGUCCGAUCGCUGCGGAGCUUCUCGACGAAGGAGGCAAUUGUCGGAAAAUUGUUCGCAAAGCACAUCAAGCUCGAGGAAGCUAAGCAGUUCCUCGAACGCGCACGUAUGGGAAUUGGUGCUGGUACCCCGGCCAGAAUUUCUGAUUUGAUCGAGUCUGGAACUCUCAAGCUGAAUGAACUGGAGCGCAUUGUCAUCGAUGGGUCACAUAUUGAUCAGAAGCAGCGUGGAAUCUUCGACAUGAAAGAUACCCAUUUGCCUCUUCUGAAGCUGCUCACUCAGCCGGAGCUGCGUAAGCGCUACGACGCUGGGAAGAAGAAGUUGCAGAUCUUGAUUUUCUGA